AUGCAGAGCGUUUCCCUGGAGUUAUACCCUGUGGAGGAAAUCGAGCGAGCCCUUCCGGACGGGGCCUACCAGGGGGGGGUCGAUGUAAAGGGCGAUGUGAGCAGCGAUGUGAAUAGGGAUAUGAACGGCGAUGUGAACGGCGAUGUGAACGGCGAUGUAAACGGCGAUGUAAACGGCGAUGUAAACGGCAAUGUAAACGGCGAUGUAAACGGCAAUGUAAACGACAAUGUAAACGGCAAUGUAAACGGCGAUCCAAGCUCUGGUGUUCGUGCCCAAUCCCCAGCGGACGAAACCCCCACACACCAGGAGGAGACGACCCACAACGGUGUAAGCGGUGUAAGCGGUGAAAGCGGUGUAAGGGGCGAAAUCGGCGAAACAGGCGAAAUCGGCGAAACCAGCAAAACAGGCGAAAUCGACGAAACCAGCAAAACAGGCGAAAUCGGCGAAACGGGCGAGGACAGCGAACCAAUCAAGUCCAAUGAAGUAACGAUAACGAGCGAGCCAAUCAUCGUGAUAGACAAAUUGGAACGCUGCUUAGUAGUAGAGUGGUACGAAAAUGAAAUCCGAAGGGAGCAAAGGAUCUCCUAUAAAAAGUAUGGAAAUGACAAGGCCAAAUUAAGAGCAAAGGAAUUGGUCGAAAAAUUAAAAGCAGGGAUAACAUUCGAGCAGCUAUACCCAGACAAAGGACCACCAAUCGUCCGAGUGUAUAAGGAUGUCGGAAUAUACCGAGUGUCUUUGAUAAGGGACAGAGUCGAAAGAGAAUGGAGAGUUGAGUGGACAGACAAGGACACUCCAAUGAAGGCUAGAUGGUCAUGCAAAAAGGUAGGUAAUGAUGAAGCACAGAAGAGAGCAGAAACAUUCGCACAGAGUAUGAUUGAAGGAGUUUUCAAUCCUAUUUUGCUACAUAAAGCUACGGGCACGAGAUUCUCCAGAUCGGACAAAACUGUUGUUAAGGUCAAUAUGUAUAUGAAGAAAAAGGUUAAGAGGAAAAAUAAGUGCAAGAUACUUAAUGAUGGGGAUAAAUCUUCCCUAAUUAUGGGAAAAGGAAUGAAGGAUGGAUUAAGGAAAGUGAAACGUCUGAGUGAUACUCUUGAUGGUUCGCUUGUGGAAGGAUGGGACACGGUUAAUAGGAACCAGACCUACAGUGGAAGUGGAAGCACUUUGAGUAAUCUUUUUAUGCAAAAUAAGAGUACCACGUUGGAUACAAGGACAGAUGUUACUUAUAUGGGGAGCCUCAAAGAGGAGGAUGCUAAAGUGGCUUCGCCUGAUGGGAGUUACCUUCUGAGUGAGUAUCAUCUCGGGGGGACCCCUAAGCAAGGGGGAGGUAUGACUGGAAAGAAAAAGUAUUACAAGCCUAGGGGAAAGUGCACGAAGAAAAGGGAGAGGAUAAAGAAGACAACAAAGGAGGGUGCAAAAUUGAAGGGGAAAAUGGCACAACGGGUAAAGGACACGAUCAUCGGUGCAAUGGGUGACCCUAUGCAGGACAAUUUGGAAGAUCAAUGCAGAGCUCCUCAAACGAAUGGCCCAGCGGACGUAAACUUAUUCAGUUGCUAUGUAAAAUUGGGAAAUGUAGACUUACCUCCUUUCUCAUCCAACAGUAAUCUUCUGAAGAAUGAGCCAGACAUAUGCGACCCGUUAGCCAUGCCAUACAGCGACAAUGGGGGGGUUAUCUUAGACUCUAAAAAUGGAAUCCUAGAAUCUCGUGGCAUGACGAACAAUUACUUCGUCCCCUGUGAGCAGUGCGAAGGUUACCACACGGGAAGUUUUAUGGCCAAGAGGGGGGACGACUAUUCCUCUAGGCAUGCAUAUGCAAUGAAGAGUACUUCCCAAGUGGUCUAUGUGAAUCGCGGCGUGGAAAGUGGAGCUCUGCAUUAUGGUGAUGAGCGUUAUGGGGAUCUUCUCUGUGGUGAUGUGAUCCAUUCCAAUGGGCACACUUUUCAUUACGGGGGGGAGGAUCCCUUCGGGAGGAGUCACACCAAUCGGAGUGAAUAUCUUCCGGGGGGACGAGUCGCUCUGUCCGGAGGCGGUCUCUCCGGGGGAGUUCUAUCAACAGGCCACUGUGCGAGCGUCGCUGUGUCGAGAGGAGAGCGGUAUAGCCCCUACUUGGUGAGUUACAGCGGCGGGGGAAUGGCGACCCACAUGGAGGCGGUCCAUAGAGCGGCACAAAUGAAGGCUAUGCAUAUAGGGGCACACAUGAAGGCUAUGCAUAUAGGGGCACACAUGAAGGCUAUGCAGAGGGACGAGCCAAACGAUGGUUUAUUACGCGACAUUGUAUGGAACCCCCAGGGGGCUAACCUACUCCCCCAGAAAAGCCACAUAAAAAAUAGGAAAAACGUGAGGCAGCGAAUCUGUCCUUUGAAGAAAAUAAAAUGCGAACGUUGUGGGAAUGACGUGAAAGGGAAAGCCCCACGCAAGGGAGCCCAAAGGAACAAGGAGACGAAAUGCCUCCCCGUAGAGGGGAACGAUGUUGGCGGUGUUACCGGAAUUAGCGGUGUUUCUGGAGUCAGCGCUGUUCCCGAUGUUAACGUUGGUGGAAACGGAGUAGACGAUCCCCACGUAGCUUCGAACAAAGCAGAGAGAAAAAAACGAAAGCGAAGCACGAAUAGGAAAUUCAAGGAGGACUUCCUACUCGAUGAGGAAUUGAGUAAGUAUUUCUUUACAUACCAGAAUUUUCAGUUAAGGAAAAACCAAGAGGCCCUGAAGAAUGAGCCAGAUGGAGUUAUGGGUCAUGUUGUGGGUGAUUCCAUGGGAGUGUGCAGGGGAAGGGGUCAUAGUCACCUGACCGGGGAGGUGUGUGGGGAAAAUGCCCACAUCGUGCAUGGGGGUGCUGCGCAAUUGAGAGGCAUUAAUCAGGAAGCAUUUGAGGCAGGACAGGAAGGUACCUACGGAUAUAGCGACCGGGUACCCACCGUGAAAAGGAGCACCCGCGCCAGCAGCAGCACCAAAAGCAGCGCGAGUGUCCAUUUUAACACAAAUCAUUAUGUCCUAAUGAAUGGUAACGUUAUCCCUCUUGAAAAUGCAGGGCAGGAACUCCUGACAGAAGAACCUCCUACGAAACCUCGGAGACGAACGAAGAAUUCCAAAAUUAGUCGAGCUAGCCAAAGUGCUUUAAACAGGGUAGACACGAUUAGCCAAAAGGACGAUUCAGUUUUUUAUGAUGAGAGAAAUGACAUGAAGGCGCCUUACCGGAUGUACAAGCCACAUGGGAAGAGAGGAGACUCUGCGUGUGGUGGGUUUGGAUCGUAUGCGGUGGCAAAUUUCGGUGGUAUGCUGGUGAGCGACUCUGAUUUUGACCCCAAAUCGAGAAACAACAAGGAGGGGAGCGGUGGUCACGUGCUGAAUGACAAUAUGGGAGGGGAUUCGUCUGCAGGUGAGCUUCAUCCAAGCGGUUUGAAUUACGAAGCGGGGCCCCACGUUAAGCAGCAAGGAGGCGUCGCAUGGAACUUCCAUGAUAAUAUCGCAGUGGACAUGGGAGUGGACAGCAAAGUGAAGAAAGGGGUGAACGCUGGAGGAAACGUCGGAGCAAACAACGGACCAAACAACCGAGGUGAACUUUCUAAUCUCCCUCGUAGUGACGUGGCCCAAGGGAAGACUCACGUAAUGAACCUAAGAGGGGCGAGAAGGAGAAGCACCCCAGUGAGUAGUGAUCAGCCCUGUGAGAUCCAUCGAAGGAAAGACAAUUUAAAUUGCUCUCUCGUGAGAAACAACACGAUCGAGUUUGUAGAUAAUCCAAGAGGGUAUAGAGUACCAUACGAAUACCAGUCGCGAGUAUUUUAUGAGCAUUUCGAGGUGCCGAUAAAUGCACAAAAGGAAUUUGAGUUACAGCAGAGGUACUUUGCCCGCUUGUUCUCUUUGCACAUUUUAGCCGUUGGAUGGAACACUAACAAGAAUGCCCGCGUGGAGGACUACAUUCAGGAGCUGUCCGAUCCUGCCUUCCGAUUUCUCACCAUGGGUGGCAUGGAUACCUCUGGGGAUGCCCCAAGUCAUCAUGGGUCUCCCGCUAGUGAGAAAAACAGACCCAAUGGCGACCUGGAAGGAACGUUGGGCGAACUUAAUCGCGGCGAAUUACAGAACGGGGGAUUCACUACAUCUAACAAAUUAAAAACCGAGCAGAGGGGUGCAGACUAUUGCUACGUUAACUCCGUGGGUGAUGGCAGCUCGGGGGUUAAUGAGGAUCAGUCUGUGAUCAACGUUGCCCUAAGCGAAGCGCAGCACUUGAUUUCUCCAGGCGAGGAAAUAACUGAUGGAAACGUUCCGGGUGAGGUGUCUGACCUCGAUGGGGAACUUAACAUGGACAAAAUGAACCACUGCCACGGGGCCAGUAACAUGAGGCGCUUCACUCAGCUGAACGAGGCGACCCAUUUGGGACCACCAUGUGGGGAGCCAGAGGUGGGAGACAUGAGCAAGUAUGAGUGUGCGCAUCUGCUGAGUGGUCUAAAUGAUGGGCGCGGUUUGAGCUAUGUUGCCGGGUUUGGUGGCUAUGGCGGUUUUCGCGGCAUCCAUAGCUAUGCGUUCCCGCAGAGUGUCAGCGGCAUGGGGACUCCAUACGACAUAUGUAUGAUGAGCAACAUAGACGGCACAGUGGGAGUGGACUACCGAUUGGGUAAUUAUCAUCUUCGUAAUGAUUUGGUGUCUGUGAAUGGGAAAGACGCCCCGGCAUGCUUAAACGGGGCAGACAACAUCCAGAACGGAAUAUGCGUAAGCUCAGCAGAAGGAAUGAACGACGUAAGCCCGGCCAUUGUUGAAGGUCUGAUUCUUCCGAAUGUGAAUUAUCCGAAGGAAUUGAACCGAACGCAUCUGCAUGGAGAACAUAUUGUGAACCCAAAUGUGAAUAGCAGUGUUAGUGUGACUUAUGACCAAGAGGGGGAGACAAGUUUAGAAUACGUUCAGAAUUACAUGCCCAAUGUGGAUGCAGAUUCGUGUGAACUUUUAUUAUCUAGGAGAAGCGAUUUGCCCAUCCAGGAGGAGGUGACCGUGGUGAGUCAAACACCAUGGGAAGGUAGAGAAGAGAACGAAGACGCACCCGUUGCAGUGAACACUGAAACGGUUAACCAUUACAACAGUUUUAUUGAGCGAACGGGGCAUGUCCCCUUGAGGCAAAUUCCCUUCAGGCAAGUCUCCACCAAUGAGUAUGAUCUCGUGACGAUUGAAGAAGAGGAAUUGCAUUCCCAAAAAAUGGGCUACAUGAGUUCGCCAUAUGAAAGGGAAGAUGGGAUCAACGGCGACAAGUUAGACUCAGAUGUGAUGGAAGAGAAUGUAGACGUUGCAGGAAAAGGAGACUGCCUCUACUAUAACGGAUACGCCAAUGCGGACAAUGGCAUUGGGAUGGCAGAACAAGGCAUGCACAACUGUGCUGAUGAGGUCAAUUACCACAUCGUUGCUAAGUCAAAUGACGAUUGUAGCAAUGGUAGCCCACACGGCAAUAGCGAGUACUCCAUGCAUGAGAGGCCGCACUACGAAUUUGGACACAUGAUUCAGGUGCUUCCAGGUUAUGAGCACCUGGAACGGGAAGGAAGCUGUCAGGAUAACGUUGUGGAUAGACAGGCACAGUCUCAGCUUGAGGACGCACAUUAUCGGUUCGGCGUCUGCAGCGGGGGGGCUCAUUGGUCCACUGGAGAGGUGGUCCCAGGGCAGCAGCACACGGGUGAGCUAAGCGGGGACGGCAGCCAUAACGGCACUCCUAGCGGCAGUAACAACGGCAACCAUAAUACAACGCCAAACAGUUACGACGACGUGGCAUACAACAGCUACUUUCAGAAUUCCACCAUCACCUCCACAUCCAUUUCCAACCCCAUGACGAGCAUCAAAGAUGUUAGCAGCUAUGAAAAUUUGGCUAGCAAGAGAAUGAUCGACAAGAUAAGGUCCACUUCAAAUUCGAGUACCAUAAACACGGAAUACCUUCCGAGUAACCUUUUAAAUUCUAUAAGUAUAAAUAAUUUGUGCCCUUCCAAUAAUGUGAAUGAACAGGUGCAGAAGUAG